GCUGCAAGACGGCGAUCCACACGGAGUUGGGAAGAUGGUUUGGCCCGACGGGAGGACAUACCACGGCAACUGGGUCUUCGGCCAGCCCCAUGGGCAAGGGGUGAUGUCGUCCAUAGCGCCAGUGGAGGCUGAGUAUGAGACCUGGGUCUACAGCGGCCAAUUCCAGGAUGGGCUCAGGCAUGGUGUGGGCCGGUGUGAGUGGCCCGCUGUGGGUGCGUGGUACGAGGGGGAUUGGGUUCUCGAUGCUGAGCACGGCCUCGGUGAGCUGGGUGCUGGAGCUACUGAGAGUCAGGAUGGCGACCCCCACGUGUGGUGCAUGUACAAUGGUGAGAAGCAGGAGAACGUGGCUACCAGCCGAGUCUUCCCUGGUCCGGAGGAUGAGCUCAUGGUGGUGGUGCUCCAG